UCGUAAAAAUGUCUCUCAUAGCUGCAAUAUUCAUGUGCUCUAUGAUGCUUAAUGCGAAUAUCAACGCGCAAUCGACUAAUUCUAAACAACCGCUCCCACCAUUCUCUUGUGACUCAAUCACUAAUCCAUCUACAAAGUCGUAUCCAUUCUGCAACGUCGAUUUGCCGAUCGGAAAACGGGCCCACGAUUUGGUCUCGCGUCUCACAUUGAACGAAAAAAUCUCCCAGCUCGUUAAUAAGGCAUCGGCAAUCCCAAGGCUAGGCAUACCCUACUACCAAUGGUGGUCGGAGGCUCUGCAUGGAGUCGCCGGUACCUUGGGUGUAGAUACCGGCUUCUUUUUUAACGGGACUAUCCGCGCGGCGACUAGUUUUCCUCAAGUUAUACUCACCGCCGCCACCUUUGAUGCCCAUCUUUGGUAUCGAAUAGCCAAGGUGAUCGGGACGGAGGGUCGAGCAAUAUACAAUGAAGGGGAGGCGACGGGCAUGACGUUUUGGUCACCCAACAUUAAUAUUUUCCGAGAUCCGAGGUGGGGAAGGGGGCAAGAGACACCUGGCGAAGACCCUUUCAUGACAAGUAAAUAUGGCGUCUCGUUUGUUCGAGGCAUUCAAGGUGACAGCUUCGAAGGCGGUGACCUCAAAGACGGCCGUCUUCUAGCCUCCGCGUGCUGUAAACAUCUCACUGCCUAUGAUUUGGAGAGUUGGAACGGAAAUAGUCGUUUUACGUUCGACGCUCAUGUUACAAAGCAGGAUAUGGCAGAUACAUAUCAGCCACCUUUCAAAAGCUGUGUAGAACAAGGCCGAGCGAGCGGGAUUAUGUGUGCUUAUAAUCUCGUAAAUGGUGUUCCCAAUUGUGCUGAUUACGAUUUACUAACGAAAACAGCUCGUCGCGAAUGGGGAUUCCAAGGGUACAUAACAUCUGAUUGUGGUGCAGUCUCUCUUCUCUAUGGUACGCAAAAUUAUUCGAAAUCACACGAAGAUGCUGUAGCAGAUGUGCUUAAAGCAGGUUUGGAUGUUGAAUGCGGCAACUAUUUGACGAAUCACACGAAAUCAGCAAUCGAAAAAGGGAAAGUGUCGGAGCAUGAUAUAGACAGAGCCCUUCGUAACCUCUUCACUAUUAGGAUGAGAUUAGGACUUUUCAAUGGAAAUCCAAGUGAACAUGUAUACGGCAAUCUUAGCCGUAACGACGUAUGUAGUCCCGAGCAUCAAGAUUUAGCCCUUGAAGUUGCACGCGAUGGCAUCGUCCUUUUAAAGAACUCCGCAAAUCUACUUCCACUAUCUAAGUCCAAAACAAAGUCCCUUGCCGUAAUAGGCCCCAAUUCCAAUGUAUCGGAAACACUCUUAGGAAGCUACGCGGGCCCCCCGUGCAAGACAAUUACUCCACUACAAGGACUAAUGAAUUAUGUCAAGAAAACCGAAUUCCAUAAGGGUUGCGAAACCGUUAAUUGCACCUCAAUUGCCUCCAGAGAAGCGACGAGAAUUGCCAGAUCAGCAGAUUAUGUUGUACUCGUAAUGGGAAUCAAUCAAGAUUUUGAGCGCGAAGAUUUGGAUCGAGAAGACUUGGUACUUCCAGGUCAGCAACAGAGUCUUAUCAGGAGUGUUGCAAACGCAGCUAAAAAUCCGGUUAUAUUGGUAUUGCUCUGUGGAGGCCCCGUUGAUAUUUCGUUUGCGAAAAAUAACCCCAAGAUUGGAGGUAUUUUGUGGGCUGGAUAUCCCGGUGAAGCUGGGGGGAAAGCAAUUGCAGAGAUCAUAUUUGGUGACCACAAUCCAGGAGGAAGGUUGCCUGUAACUUGGUAUCCGAAAGAUUUCAUCAAAAUACCAAUGACUGAUAUGAGAAUGAGGCCCGAUCGCGCAUCUGGCUAUCCGGGACGAACUUAUAGAUUUUACCAAGGCGAAAAAGUUUAUGAAUUUGGCUAUGGUCUUAGCUACUCAAACUAUUCUUACAAAUUUGUUUCUGUCGGCCAAAGCAAGCUCGACUUCAAGCCAGAAAACUCGGGAGAUGUUUCAGUUUCGGAUAUCGGGUUCGAAACAUGUGAGAAGUCAAAGUUUUCGGUUGUUGUUAGUGUUGAAAAUGAAGGGGAGAUGGCCGGUAAGAACUCGGUUCUGCUAUUCCUAAAGCGUGACGAACCUCUUAAGGAUAGUCCCACGAAACAGUUGGUCGGAUUUCAGACAGUGAGAUUGAAUGCAAAUGAGAAGGCUAAUGUUGAAUUUGAAAUAAAUCCAUGUCAGCACUUUGCAAGAGCUAGUGAAGAUGGAAAGAUGGUGAUUGAAUCAGGGACUCAUCAUUUUAUCGUAGGAGAUCAGAAAGAGUAUCCUAUCAGCAUUAAUUAGUUAAUAUUUUCACUAAAAAAUGUCAUUUGGUUUGAAUUAUUCACUCAAGUGAUUUGGAAUAAAUAUGUUCGGGCAAAUUAAUGUUUCAAUUCUCUUAAUAUGCAUAAAUUUUACCUUAAAUUUCUGAACUUGUGUGACAAAUACUAUAAUUUGAUUCACAUAGAAACUCGAAUAACG